CCAUGCCCUCAGUGAUGGAGCGCUCGGGGUCCGGGGUCCUGUCCAGGAGCAGAGCCAAGACCGUCACCAAUGGCAACAGCCUACCACACUCUGAAGAGGAGAGCAGUGACGAAGAGCAUGCUCAUGACAGUAUGAUCCGAGUGGGAGGAGACUACCAGGCUCAGAUACCAGAGUUCAAACCAGACAGUCCAAACCGCUUCAAUGAGAAGGACCAUAGGAGCAUGUUGGUCUGGUGUCCCAGUGUCAUGCUGUCUGAUGCAAUGUUGGACGAGUACAUCCUAAUGGCUAAAGAGAAACAUGGAUACAACAUGGAGCAGGCUCUGGGUAUGUUGCUAUGGCACAAACACGAUGUGGAGCGCUCGCUUGCGGACCUGGCCAACUUCACCCCGUUCCCCGAUGAGUGGACAGUGGAGGACAAAGUUCUGUUUGAGCAGGCCUUCAGCUUCCACGGCAAGAGCUUCCACCGCAUCCAGCAGAUGCUUCCAGACAAGCUGAUCUCCAGCCUGGUGAAAUACUACUACAGCUGGAAGAAGACCAGGACCAGGACCUCCGUCAUGGACCGAGCGGCCAGGAGGCUGGUCACCAAGAGAGAGAAAGAAGACAGUAACGAUGAGGUUGAGGAGGCAGACCCCGGCAGUGACAGUGACUUUGAGAUUGACACCAAGAAAGAGGCAGUGAAACCAAACCCCAACAACAGCCACGCAGACAAGGCGGCCGCCAGCCGAUCGGGGCCGCUGAAGAAGGAGAACCUGGGGGCUCAGUAUCGCUACCACCCGCUCAGAGCCCGCCGCCGGCCCCCCAAAGGCAUGUACCUGGAGCAAGAGGACAUCAUGUCGGUGUCCGCCUCACACAACGCCGGGGUGCUGACCAUACGGCAGCUGGACACACAGCUGGUGUCGCUCAAGAGACAGGUCCAGUCCAUCAAACAGAACAACAGUUGUUUGAAACAGGGUUUAAAUGAAGGUGUGGCGAAUUUAAAACCGUCUGAGACUGCCCCAAAGAUGAACUCCCGUUGGACCACAGAGGAGCAGCUCCUGGCUGUGCAGGCUAUUCGUCGCUAUGGUAAAGACUUCACAGCCAUCGCCGAGGUGAUCGGGACCAAGACUCCAGCUCAGGUGAGUUCGUUCUUCGUGAGCUACCGGCGCCGCUUCAACCUGGACGAGGUUCUGAGGGAGUGGGCGGCCGAGCAGGUGGCCACCAACCGAGAGCAGAGAGACCCCCGCAGGAGCAGCGAGGAGGGGACCCCAGCAGAGGGGGGCGCAGAGGAGGACGAGGUGAAAAUGGAGGACUCUCCCUCUGACUCGGCCGGCGGCUCCUCUCCGCCCUCCUCCACCCAGACCCCCUCCUCCCUCUCCCAGCCUCCCCCCCUGCUGCGCCCCGCUCCUCCCUCGGCCCCCCCCAGCCUCCUCCGCCAGCCCCCUCCUCUGCAGACGCGCCCACUCCAGAACCGAGCGCCCCACAACCACCCCCCCCCUCCCCUUAUCCGGCCCGCGGUGACCUCCUCCUCCACCCCCCCCACCGGGAGCUCCAGCCACAGGGCCUCACCCCCCAGCUCCUCCUCGUCCUCCGCUGCAGGCCAGAUGCCCCCGUCACUCGUCGGGCUCAAAGUGGAGCAGCCCAACUCGCACUGAUAUAUAUACACACACACACACACACACACACACACACACGGCCACAGGAUCCAUCAAACACACUCGGCCGACAUCACAGCUCUUAAAAAGCAGGAAGAGUGUGUGUGUGUGUGCCCCCCCCCCCGCAGCCCCUUUACUGUACCAACAAACACCUACCUCCAGAUCAUCGUUCACUAGCGCAUACACACACACACACACACACACUACAAACAAGCUAGGAACUGAAACCUACCUGCACACACACCUCACUAAACAAACAAAAAAGAGACACUGGAUCAUCGAGCUUCUGAAGGAAACCCACCUGCUCGUUUCCAUGGCAACAGCUGAACAUGUGGACGAGUGUGGUUGAACACAAACACGGACACACACAUACAUAUGUAAUGUAUAUCUAUCUAUACUGUAGGUUCCACUAGGCAGGUUUUAGAUCCUCCGAGAACAACCUUCAGGAAAUUUAAAUAAUGAAUAAAUGUUCGGUAAGAAAGUGAUUGAGAGGAUGUGAAGAAACACGCCUUUCCCUAACGAGCUGCGCUUUAAAACUCGGGACCCUCAGAGGAGAGGAAAAGGUACUUUGCAAAGAAACGGCUUUGUACUCAAGGCCGUGACUUUACCGUCACGGAUUUCAAGGAGCAGCAGAUCUCCCUCCUCUCUCUCUUACUAGUAUUAACUGGAGUGAUGUUUUAUGUUUUUUGACUAUACUUUUAAAGUGAGCUCUUGGUAGGCAGUUAGUUAUUGUAAGUAGUCUAGAUUAUGAUGAUGAUUAUUGACUGAGCACUAAAGAGAAACAGUUGAACACGUGUGAUUGGAUGCUCAGUGUUAAAGCCACACUGCUUUCUGUCUGGAGGAAUUGUUCCAGUAGUUAACCGCUAACUCUGGUCACUGCAGAGAAACAUUAGCCUCUGAGGUAAAUAUGUGUAGAGGACAGGAUUUUAAAGCAGGUUUACAAAUGUCAAGGGGACGCCUGACCUCUCCUGACCUCUGACAGAUAAUCAAACCCUGAAAUAUAAAAUGUUCUGCCAAAGUCUGCUAAUGCUUUAAAAGCGUAUUGCUUCCUGCAUGUUCGACGCGGUAAAGGAGUGAAACGAAAGAUGGUAAUGAGUUCAUCGGGAAUUUUGGGAAACAAGCAUUCACUUUUUUUUGCUGGCAAUGAUACUGAAAGUUUGAUUCUCAAAAUGCAAAACAAACGUAUUUCUACGUAUGCCUGUUCAUGCUGCUCUCCACACAGAUCUGGGCUCAGUGGAGUUUGGGUUUAAACUGCGUUUAGUGCUUCUCCACUCAGCGUUUAGUUUCCCGCGGCACUGAGCAGGAUCACAGCGGCCAUCACAUGGAUCACGUCGUUCGGCUUUAAAGUGGCUCGCCUUUUGACUUUCUUAAUCGUCCCUUCCUCGAAAAACUGCUCGUGUAUGAACUAUGUGAGAAGUUGUUUACAUUGUGGAAAAUGAACUGUUUGUGCUUGAGAAAUGUCUUUUUUUAGAAUAAAGAAAUGACCGAAUAGUAAA